UUUCGUGUUGUUAUGUUGGACAUUCUGCCCAUGUGUUUCCCUUAGUGAAGUGAGCGUCCUUUAAGGGUAUUUAAAGUGAAGUUGAAAUCUCAUAUUUAUUGUGAAUUUUAUUAUCAUCUGCUAUUUCUCCCGUGAAUAGAACCGUGUUAGUUAAAAAAUUUCAUUUUUAUACUUAUAGUGAAUAAUUACUUGUUGAGUUGAAAAGUGUGCUGAAGCUAGAGACGAAGGCGUUCAGUAUGUGGCGAGACUCACUUGGAAGGUGUUAUGCACCUUCCUUAAGUGUUAUUCUGCUACUUUCUUUCUUAAAUAUUAUUUCUGGUAUAAACGCUGAGGAUGAUACAAUGGGACCAGUGUUCCUUAAAGAACCACCAAAUAGAGUAGAUUUUUCAAAUGGUACUGGAGCUGUUAUUGAGUGUCAAGCAAGAGGAAACCCUCAACCUGAUAUUAUAUGGGUUAGAGCUGAUGGAACUGCCGUCGGAGACGUUCCCGGCUUGCGACAAGUGUUGCCAAAUGGAAAUUUAGUAUUUCCACCAUUCCGUGCUGAAGAUUAUCGUCAGGAAGUUCAUGCACAAAUUUACAUCUGUCUAGCGAAAUCUUCCGUUGGAUCAGUACACAGUCGCGAUGUUAAUGUGAGAGCUGUGGUACAUCAGUAUUAUCAGUCAGAAGUCAACAACGAAUAUGUUAUUCGUGGCAACGCAGCCAUUCUAAAAUGCAGUAUUCCAAGCUUUGUUGUAGAAUUUGUACAAGUUGUCGGUUGGCAAGAUGAUCAAGGAAAUUCAUUUGAUCCUGUUAAUGAUAAUGUUGUCACACAGUAUUAUGAAGCUGAGGUGGUGUCCGAAUAUGUGAUUCGUGGUAAUGCUGCAAUAUUAAAAUGUACAAUUCCUAGUUUUGUCGCUGAAUUUGUAUCAGUUGCUUCCUGGGAAGGAAGUGACGGUUCCAGCUAUGAAGCUUCAUUUAACUAUGAUGGAAAAUAUCUUGUUCUUCCAUCCGGAGAAUUACAUAUUAAAGAUGUUGGACCAGAAGAUGGUUACAAAACCUAUCAAUGUCGAACUAAACAUAGACUGACUGGAGAAACAAGACUUUCUGCAACCAAAGGACGUUUAGUCAUCACUGAGCCGGUGGGCUUAAGUCCUCCUCGAUUGCCAUCUAGAUCUAAAUUCGAUGGAAUGGUCAAGGAAGAAGGAGAAACGUUAACGUUAUUCGCGGAAGCGCAGGCCAUGCCACCUCCUUUUUACAGAUGGUACAAAUUCAUUGAUGGAACAUCUCGUCGACAGCCUGUUCAAUUAAACGAGCGAGUUAGACAAGUGAGUGGUACGCUUAUCAUUCGAGAAGCACGAGUUGAAGACUCAGGAAAAUAUCUUUGUAUUGUAAACAAUUCAGUUGGCGGAGAAAGUGUUGAAACAGUUUUGACUGUCACUGCACCACUUUCUGCAGAAAUUGAACCUACAGUACAAACAGUUGACUUUGGAAGACCUGCUACUUUUACGUGCAACGUGAAAGGAAAUCCAGUGAAGACUAUUUCGUGGUUAAAAGAUGGAAAACCACUUGGACAUGAAGAUCAAACUCUUCGAAUCGAGAGUGUUAAGAAAGAAGACAAAGGAAUGUACCAAUGCUUUAUAAGGAAUGAUCAAGAGAGUGCUCAGGCUACUUCAGAACUGAAGCUUGGAGGAAGAUUUGAACCACCCCAAAUCCGACAAGCUUUCUCCGAAGAAACACUUCAACCUGGACCUAGUGUUUUCCUAAAAUGUGUCGCUAGUGGAAAUCCAACACCCGAAAUAACUUGGGAAUUAGACGGAAAACGUUUAUCUAAUACAGAUAGACUCCAAGUUGGACAAUACGUUACAGUCAAUGGAGAUGUCGUAUCUAACUUAAAUGUUUCUAGCAUUCACACUAAUGAUGGUGGACUUUACAAAUGCAUUGCUGCAUCUAAGGUCGGUGCUGCGGAACAUUCUGCACGUUUGAAUGUGUAUGGGCUACCUUUUAUUCGACACAUGGAUAAGAAAGCUAUUGUCGCUGGUGAAACUCUACGUGUGACAUGUCCGGUUGCUGGUUAUCCGAUAGAGAGCAUCGUUUGGGAGCGGGACACGAGAGUUCUUCCCAUCAACAGAAAGCAAAAAGUAUUCCCCAACGGAACAUUAAUUAUUGAAAAUGUUGAACGGCAAAGUGAUCAGGCAACGUACACGUGCGUCGCUCGUAAUGCUCAAGGCUACAGUGCAAGAGGAAUGCUAGAAGUACAAGUCAUGGUUGCGCCACAAAUUUCACCUUUUGCUUUUGGAGAUGAUCCUGUAAAUGCAGGUGAGAUGGCAUCGGUCCAAUGUGCUGUUGUUAAAGGGGAUCUACCCUUAGAUAUAUCUUGGAUGUUCAAUGGAAAUCCUAUAGGAUCUGAUCAAAGUGAUGUAAAUAUAAUUGAUAAUGGAAAACGACAUAAGCAAUUAACUAUUGAUUCAGUUUCUGCAAGACAUGCUGGAGAGUACACAUGUGUUGGGUCAAACAUUGCAGGAUCGGUUUCACGAACGGCUGUUCUUGACAUUAAUGUUGCACCACAAAUAUCGAUGUUUUCCUUUGGAGAAGAACCUGCUAAUGCGGGUGACUUGGCGUCGGUACAGUGCGCUGUGAUAAAAGGAGACUUACCUAUUGAAAUAGUCUGGAUGUUUGCGGAUCAACCAAUAUAUAAGCCGCAAGGAGAUAUAAUUAUAUCUGACUCCGGAAGUCGCCUUAAACAAUUGACUAUUGAAGCUGUCGCUGCUCGGCAUGCAGGAGAGUAUACAUGCAUUGCUUCUAAUGCAGCUGGUUCUGUGUCUCGAACAGCUAUACUUAAUGUCAACGUGCCACCACGUUGGAUUCUUGAACCAACAGAUAAAGCUUUUGCUCAAGGUUCUGAUGCAAGAGUCGAAUGUAAAGCCGAUGGUUUUCCAAAGCCUCAAGUCACUUGGAAGAGGGCUGCAGGAGACACACCCGGCGAUUACACAGAUCUGAAAUUAAAUAAUCCUGACAUAAGUGUUGAGGAUGGAACUUUGUCGAUUAAUAAUAUUCAAAAGACAAAUGAAGGCUAUUAUCUUUGUGAAGCUGUAAAUGGAAUAGGAUCCGGACUUUCUGCUGUAAUACUUAUUUCUGUACAAGCUCCGCCUCAUUUUGAAAUUAAACUGCGAAACCAAACUGCUCGCCGUGGUGAACCAGCAGUUUUGCAAUGUGAAGCUCAAGGAGAGAAGCCAAUUGGCAUCCUUUGGAACAUGAACAACAAAAGACUCGACCCGAAAAGCGACUCUCGCUACACAAUUCGAGAAGAAAUAUUGGCUAAUGGCGUUUUAUCUGAUUUGAGUAUUAAGAGAACGGAACGAAGUGAUUCUGCCCUUUUUACCUGUGUUGCUACUAAUGCUUUUGGAAGCGAUGAUACUAGCAUCAAUAUGAUUGUUCAAGAGGUUCCGGAAGUUCCAUAUGGCUUAAAAGUACUAGACAAAUCUGGAAGAUCAGUUCAAUUAUCGUGGGCAGCUCCUUAUGAUGGAAACAGUCCUGUAAAACGAUAUGUUAUUGAAUAUAAAAUCAGCAAAGGCUCAUGGGAUAGUGACAUUGAUCGAGUUGUAGUUCCAGGAUCUCAGCAAAAUGUCGCAGGCGUUUUUAAUCUCAAGCCCGCCACAACUUACCAUUUAAGAAUUGUUGCAGAAAACGAAAUUGGCACUUCUGAUCCAUCUGAUACAGUGACAAUCAUUACAGCAGAAGAAGUUCCUUCAGGUCCGCCAAGUUCCGUCAGAGUCGAAGCUCUGGAUCAGCACAGUUUGAAAGUAACGUGGAAACCCCCUCCCCGAGAGGAUUGGAAUGGAGAAAUUUUGGGCUACUAUGUGGGAUACAGACUAUCGUCUUCCGAAAAACCUUACAUGUUUGAAACAGUUGAAUUUUCAAAAGAAGAUGGAAAAGAGCAUCAUUUGCAAAUUACGAAUUUAAAAAUAUACACACAAUACAGCGUCGUUGUACAAGCCUUUAAUAAAGUUGGAUCCGGUCCUAUGAGUGAAGAAAGAAGACAACACACUGCCGAAGGAGUACCAGAGCAACCACCUCAUGACACUACAUGUACUACUCUUACUUCGCAAACCAUCCGAGUUUCUUGGUCUUCACCUCCUUUGAGUGCUGCGAAUGGGGUCAUUACUGGAUAUAAGAUUAUUUACGGACCAUCAGAAUCAUGGUAUGACGAAAAUACAAAGGAUACAAAGAUCACAUCAUCCAGCGAAACAAUUCUACACGGUUUAAAAAAAUAUACCAACUAUAGUAUGCAAAUACUGGCCUUUACUUCUGGUGGAGAUGGAGUUAAGUCUGCGCCUAUUCAUUGCCAAACUGAACAAGACGCUCCUGAAGCACCCAUUGCUAUCAAAGCACUAGUCAUGUCCGCCGAUUCUAUUCUUGUUUCCUGGCGACCACCAAACCAACCCAACGGAGUGAUUUCUCAAUACACUGUAUACACCAAAGCUGAUGAUUCCGAACAGCCAAUUAGUCAAAAAGUGCUCUCUAAUCAGUUAACACAUGAAGCAGCGAAGCUGAGUGAUAAGCGUAGAUAUGACUUUUGGGUGACAGCAAGCACAAAUAUUGGUGAAGGACAAGCUUCCAAAAUAGUUACAUUAUCUCCAAGUGUCAGUGUUCCUGCGAAAAUUGCCUCAUUCGAUGACAAAUUUACUGCCACAUACAAAGAAGAUGUUAAGCUGCCAUGUCUCACGGUUGGAGUGCCAGCACCAGAAGUUAAGUGGAAUCGAGGAGGUGACGCUGUGCAACCAAACGACAGACUUAGACAAUUGCCAGAAGGUUCUCUUUUCCUGAAAGAAGUGGAUCGUGAAGACGCUGGAGAAUAUUCCUGUUAUGUAGAAAAUUCAUUUGGACAUGACACUGUUACUCACCAAUUAGUAGUUAACGCUCCUCCUCAACCACCGCAAGUUCAACUCACUGCCACUACAACUAAUUCUCUGACACUGAAACUUCGACCUCUCUCUGGAGACAAUGCACCAAUUCAUGGAUAUACAAUUCACUAUAAAUUGGAGUUCGGUGAAUGGGAAACUGUUCAAAUUGGAUCAAAUACUCAAAAAUAUACUUUAGAAAAUCUUUUAUGUGGAUCUAGAUAUCAAGUUUAUGUCACUGCCUACAAUGGAAUUGGUACAGGAAAACCGUCUGAUAUAUUAAACAUUCGUACCAAAGGACAAAAACCAAGUGUACCUGAAGCAACAAGGUUUAUCGAAGUAUCAACUAACAGUAUAACUCUGCAUCUGAAUGCCUGGUCCGAUGGAGGAUGCCCGAUGCUCUAUUUCGUAGUUGAACAUAAAAAGAAAAAUCAACUUGAAUGGAAUCAAGUUUCUAAUAGUGUUAAACCUGGAGGAAACUUUGUCGUAUUAGACCUGGAACCUGCAACUUGGUAUCAAUUACGCGUGACGGCGAAUAAUAAUGCAGGAUUUCAAGUUGGAGAAUUCGACUUUGCAACUUUAACUGUAACUGGAGGUACAAUUGCGCCGCCAUUCCGAAGUGACACUGGCAAAGCGAACAUCGUGGAAGGCGAAAGCAACGACUUGGCUGUCAAGAAGAUUUUCUCUUUCCUACCCGAAUGGCUCGAUAUCAAUGUAAUUGUGCCAGCAGCAGCUACUGUCGUUGUCAUUAUUGUAGGAAUUGUUGUCAUCUGUGUAGCACUCUCCAGAAGAGCUGGCGGACCAGAAACUACAAGGCUUAGAGGAAUUUCGUCGGCCGAUGAAAAAUAUUACGAAGGACAAUAUGAUGUGGUGUAUCAGCAAACUGGAGUCGUAGGCACAACCCUGGAUAAGCGAAGGCCCGACCUUCGAGAUGAACUCGGCUACAUUGCGCCGCCAAACCGGAAAUUGCCCCCAGUUCCAGGAUCAAACUACAAUACGUGUGAUCGUAUCAAGAGAGGUACAGUCAUAAGUGGUCCCGGCUCAAUAAGAAGCCACUCAACGUGGGAUCCGAGAAGACACAUGUACGAGGAAUUGAGUCACUAUCCGCCAAACAGGAGGUGUCCACCGCUACCACAUAUGAGCAGUACUGAUGUAUUAACUCGAAAAGGUAUGGAAGACGAAAUUUGCCCUUACGCAACCUUCCACCUCCUUGGAUUCCGUGAGGAAAUGGAUCCCAGUAAAGCUAUGCAGUUCCAAACCUUCCCUCAUCCGGGCAAUGGACAUUCUGGCACAAUGGGACCACCAGUAGGACACCCAACAAACUCAUCCGCACAUAGUCGCUCUGGUUCUCAAUCCAUGCCUAGACAAAAUGGUGGACGCUAUUCACGAGUACCAUCUCAAGGUGGUAGUAUGCAGACUAAUGUUUUCUCACCUGAGUAUGAUGAUCCUGCAAAUUGUGCACCUGAAGAAGAUCAAUACGGCUCUCAAUAUGGACAAUACGGAGCUCCCUAUGAUCACUACGGCUCUCGUGGCUCUGUUGGUCGCCGCAGUGUUGGAUCAGCCCGCAAUCUUCCAAUGUCAAAUUCUCCCGAACCACCACCACCUCCACCCAGGAACCACGAUCCAAACAGCUCUAGCUUCAAUGACAGCAAAGAAAGUAAUGAGAUUAGCGAAGCAGAAUGCGAUCGAGAUCAAUUAAUUAAUCGAAACUAUGGCGUGAAUUCUCGAACCAAGGAUGGUAUGUCAACUGAAGAGAUGCGUAAACUUAUUGAAAGAAACGAAGCACCCUCCAGGCAAACCAACGCCGCCCUCAGUAGUCACGGGGGACUCCUCACACCCUACGAUACUGUGGCAGUGUAAUCUGUAAAGCGCUUAUCGUCUUCCAUCUUUCAACUUGAAGUGAAACAUACUUUUUUCUUCACGUACAAUUUUACGUAGGUUGUUCAAAAUUGAAUGAUCAGUAAGGUCAUCUAAAAUUACGGGUAUCUCAAUAUACCCACAACUCUUUCCCAAUUCGUUUCUCUAUAUGAAUUUACCAAUUUACCAAUUUACCAAUUUACCAAUUUACCAAUUUAACAAUUUAACAAUUUAACAAUUUAACUAUACAUUUACAUUUACUGAAGAAUUAGAAUUUUAAACAAAUACCUACAGACACACUGUUUCUACGAAGAUCUAGUAAUGUAAAAGUAACAACUUUUUCGGUACCCUUUUGCAUGCAAUUCUUCAAAAAUUUAAACAAAGAGAUAUUUCUCUUAUCAAAAGUUUUAAAAAUUUGACUGAAUAUUUUUAAAAUCAUUAAUUUAUUCGUAAAUUAAAACUCUGAAUUGUACUUUAAGAUUCAAAAGUAAGUCCAUUUAUUGUGGGCUGAAUUCGUAAUUUUCUUUUUAAUAAGUUUACAUCUCCCCAAUGUUAAAGAAUUGAAAAUAAUUCUCUCUAUUAUUUAUGUAUCUGUGAUAUUAACUGAAAGGUGAAAAAUGCUCCCAACUUGAGUUUUUAAUUUCAAUCUAAGUUUCAAUUAAGUGACUUUUACUAGACUUUUUAACUGCAACGAAUGGAUAAAAAAUUAUUUCGCAUCAAAACCAGUCAUAGAAAGUAGAAUCUUUGCUUUUGCAGUGAAAACUUUUAAAUUAUUUUAAUAUGCUCAUAAUUUUGUUUUUAAAUAAUAAAAUAAAAUAAAUUAUUUCUUCCGUAAAUUAAAGUUUUUAAAGUCGAUAUAAUUAUAACAAUGAAGCAUAUUUACUAUGUAUUCAAUUAAUUUUUUGCAUUUAAUUCAAUUUUUAAGGGUCCGAAUGUUUAAAUGUUUCACUUGGUUUUUUAUUAACUCAUAGUUCUAUUACACUGCCGUGAUUUAUAGACCAACGAUUUAUAAUUUUGUAACGAAGGUUGUGUCUCCGACGAAUGAUAUGAAAAUGAAAAAAGAAAAAAAGAAAAAAAGAAAAAUCAUCAUGUGGUUUAAAGAAAAACGAUGACUCUGUCAUAUUUACGGUCAUGGCCGUACAUUUAUGCUCAUAUUUACACAAAAUCAUCCUCGUUACUACUUUGUGAUAUUAGAGCAUUGUACGGUUGCGAUGAACAUUUCACAGAUACAAUCGAUUGUUCCGCAAAUGCAAAUAAUUAACGAGUAUGCGUAGAUAGCUCAGAACUUUAAUCGAACAGAUGGUUGCGAGUUGGUAUUACACGAUGUCUACGACGGCAAAUAAUAAAUGCAACAAGAAACCAAAGAACAAAGAUUUGUUCAAAUUAAAAGGCAAACCAGUGGAUUGUAGACGUCGUGCGUAUUACCAAACUCAUAGGUCAUUUUUACAAUGGUAUUAUUGCUAGGCUAUAUAAGUAUAAUGUAGAUGUCACAUUUGUUUAUGUGCCAUGCGUCGAUCGGCAGCCAUCAUUUUUCUCGCGUCGAAUUUUAAAAAAGAGGAAGCAUACCGGCGACGACAUUGAUUUUCUUUCUAGUUUUCCUAUUUUUAGCAUAAUAUUUAUUUAUGUGUGCCAAUUUUCAAUUAUUGCAAUUUUAUGCAAUUUUUAUUGCAUUUCAAUUGAUUCAAAAUCAAAAUCAUCCUUUUUUUAAUAAAAGUGAUUUUUUAAAUUUCGUUUUGAUAAUCUAUGAAAGGAAUUUAAAAAAUUAUUUUGAAUUUCCUCGUUCUUCAUGAGCCAAAGGAAUGAAAAAUAGUCAAUGUCGAGAGGUAUACGACUGUAUGAUGAAGAUUGAUGAUAAUUGAUGAUAAUUGAUGAUCAUUGAUGAUCAUUGAAAUAAGUAUAAAAUCGUUAUAGAAACUAUAAUGGUAAUUGGUUUGGCUGCGACGACGAACCCUCUGUCAUCGAUGUGAUUUUAAUGCUGCGCAGUUUUUUGUGUGUCGUAUAUGUGUUAAAUUGUGCUAUUAGAUAUAGCAGUACUCAAAACUAUAAUAUUAUAAACUAAACUAUUACGAUUUGUGUAAGACUCGUAAACUUUUCGCUUAUCGCGUUUGAAUUUAAAAAAAAAACCAACAAAAACACACGAUUAAUCUCAAAAAAAAUUAAACAUAGUCAACUAGCACUAAAAAAUGGUACGUAAUUGAUUCGAUGAAUUUGAAAUUCAUGAAAUUUUAAAAUUCAUCGAGUUAUUUAUGAACUCAAAAAAAUAUACCCAGGAUAUCGUAAAUUGAUAAGUAUAGUUUUAUUUUAGACAACUGCCAUAAGAUUAACCGUUCAUAAUUAUAUCAGUAUAAAAUAAAGCGGCAUUUUCAUAUCAACGAGCAAUACAAUGAACCUGAUGAAUAUUUCGAUUCUUACAAUUUCAAAUUACAGAAUUUAAAAUUGUAUAUAACAAAAAAAACGGAAAACACAAAUUGAACAUAAGAAUUUUUGUAAAUUGUACUGAUUCCAUUUUUUUCAAAUAAGAUGUUUAGUUACGCAAUUAUAGUAUCAGAAAACAAUAUAUUUUCUAUGUGGCAUUUUGUGUAACAUUUCAUAAAUAAAAGUCUGAAAAUCAUUACUUGAUUCAGAACAAUGCAAUUAUGCGAUAAUGAAUGUUUCAUUAAUGCAUCGUCAGUAUAAAAGAAAUUGCCGCUUUAAAACACUUUUAGGCUUAAACUAAAUAAAAAUGCAGUUACUUUAUCAGCUAAUAAAUCUUAUAAAAAAUAUAGCUUCUUAAGCUGCUUAGUGCGUAAUUGUGCGAAUUAAAAAAAAGAAAAGGAAUGAAAAAGUGAUUCAUUUUUUACUUUUUCGUAAGUGGCAAACUUUUUCGUGCUAUAUUGUACAAUUGUUGAGUGUCAGAACAAAUCCAAUUCCAAUUUUCACAUUAUUUGGAGAAAUUAAUUGUAGUUGAUGAUUGUUAUCAAAACUGCAAUUGAAAAUUGCAAAUAUGUUAAAAAUGGAGUUGCCGGUUUUUGAUCUAAUGUUUCUCAAAUUUUACAACUUAAUACACUGCGUAAAUAAAGUGUAUUUUGAAAAAUUUAUUUAAAUUCACCUUAAUGAAUAAUUAUAAUAUAUAAUUCGACAAAAAACCAGCUAUGAAUUACUGUCAAUGCAUUACAACUACUUUGUUUUAUACCAAAGUUUUCUUGUUUCAUGUUAAAUAAAUAAAAUUUACACCUA